UUCCGCCAUAGUUUAUCCGUACUCCUUCGUUGUAUGACUAGCGAUAGAGAAGCGAAACUGCCUGUUCUAACACAUAAGUUUACUGUAUAUGACUAUUUCUUUCCCACGCGAUUUCGAACGAUGGGGACCGACGCCCGUUACUCCGCUUCGCCGCGUUUCGUUCGCCAUUUUGUGAUUGUUUCGCAUAUAUUUCGCAGCGACCUUUAUUCUGUAGCAUUCAGUUUGCUUGUGAAAAUAAUAAUAAUUCGUUAAAAUGGAUGUCAAUUUUACCGAAAAACUUAUUCAAGAGGUCAGGAACAGACCUAUUAUUUACUUAGUAAGUCACCCUGACUACAAAAAUAACACAAAAAAAUUACAAGCCUGGCGGGAGGUUCAGCGGGAAUUAAAUGUAGAAGUUAAAAUUUUGAAAUCGAAAUGGAAGAAUCUGAAGGACACAUACAAUAAAUAUAAGCAAUCUAGACAAAUCACUAGUAGCCAAGCUGCUAAAAAGCUAUCUAACUGGGCCUGGGCGGAUCACAUGAGUUUUAUGGACCCGUCCUUUUCUCCGAACGAUACACAAAUCAGUAUAGAACUUUCAUCUGCAAAUGUAGAGCACGACACUAGUUCUACGUCGGGGCAAAGCAGAGAAGUUAAGCAGGAAAUUGAAUUUUCUGCUGUAGAAGAAACUCAUAAUGAGCAAGAAAUAUAUCCAAUGGUCCAGUAUUUGCAUAACAGGAGAAGAUCCCGCACCCGUGAUGAUAAAGUAGAAGUGAAAUGCGAUGGUGUAGAUUUAUUAUUUUUAGGAUAUGCCGAUACAUUCAAAAAGCUUUCUAAAAGAAAACAAGUGUCUGUUAAAUUUGAUAUCGCAAAAGUUUUAAUGGAGGCUGAACUCAGCGAUCUUCAAGAUACUACAGCAAAUCCUGAAAGUUACUCUGCAGCCUCAGGAAGUUACUCGAUGGCACGGAAAUCUCGGUAUGAUCAGUGACCCGACGAUUACGAUCAAUGAUGUUGUAAAAUAUUUAUUUCUGCCAACCAUGAAGCAAUGGCUAUAACAAUUUUUCUUUGCAUCCUACGGAUUUGACAACUACUUCCAAAAAUGUAAAUAUUAUAUUACCGAAAUAAGAAAAAUUCUUCAAUAAUAUAUGUCAAAGUUAAAUAAAUAUUUAAUUCAAAUUGACAAUUUUUAUUUGAUGCAGGCCAUCUACGAGUAUCUUUAUUCAUAUACGUAUAAAACAGUAUUGACUUACUAACAACCACCGCAUAACUGGUGGAUCCAGAAGUUUGAAAUUUUGGAUAUAGGUUCCCUAUAAUUAACCCGUGUUCAAAAAGGAUUUUGAGAUAUUUCAACGGAAUCUUCAAUAAACCUACAUCCUACAUCCUAUUACUUUCGUGCAUUCAAAUUCUAUACCUUUAUCGUACACUGCAAUAUCAUUUCUAUUGGCUUGGACUCAGAAAGCGAAGACAUUUUAAACCGACUUCUAAAAUUGAGGAGGUUCUCAAUUCGGUGCAUUUUAGUUUCUAUGUAUUACCUACACCGAUUUCUCCAAUCGAAUGAACCGAUUUGCAAUUUUUUCGCCCAAAUACCUGUUGUGAAGAUUCGCUAGGAACAAGCGAUUUCGCUUAGUACUCGUAGGUAGGUAGGUACAUUUAUUUCAUGGCGGCGGUGUGCUACAGGCAUAAAUACCUAGCAACAGAUUUAUCAAACCAGUUUUUAAAUAUUUCAAAGACUAUAAGUGAAGAUAUA